CCGAGGUAUUCUGCUGAGUCUCAGAAGCUCUCCUCAUCAUCGGUAAGCUCCGAUAGGUCUUCUUAUCUGCCGGUGGCCUUAUUUCGUAACGCUUUCGCUAUUAAAUCAUUACCUGGAAUCAAAUAUUAUGGCGCUGACCACCUUUUAUUAUCAUUCAGGCUGCAUAUUUGCCGUUCGUUGAUACUCCUACAUUGCAUCUAUUGUCUGCGUGUGCGUGAGGGGUAGUCGGGUACCUUGUCCCUUUGCCACUUGCAUUCUUCCUACACACCGCUUCCUGCUAUCCCAUCAACGACACAAUAGUAAUCAACAGGGAUUACUUCUUUUAAUGCUUCUCGCUGCUGUCGACUAUGGAUACGGCACAAGAGAAUAAUAACAACCCCCGGGUCGAGUAUUGCCGGGGAUACUCGGAGGAUGUGGACAUCAUUCGAGCUCGGGAAUACCCGUUGCUCAAAGACACCACAUACUUGGACCAUGCGGGUACCACAUUGUAUGCUAAGUCGCUGAUCGAGUCCUUCUCCAACGACCUCACAUCGAACCUAUUUGGUAACCCUCAUUCGAUGUCCUCGUCGUCACAACUCUCCACGCAACGUGUCGAUGAUGUUCGCCUGCGGGCUCUGCGCUUCUUCAACGCUGAUCCAGAAGAAUUCGAUCUGGUCUUCGUGGCGAAUGCAACGGCCGCGAUCAAGUUGGUAGCGGAUACUCUGCAGGACCAGGGUAUCUGGUAUGGAUACCAUAUCGAUUCUCAUACAAGUGUUGUUGGAGUGCGCGAGCUUGCAGAAAAGGGAAACAAGUGUUUUUUGAGCGAUGAGGAGGUUGAGACAUGGAUUUCGGAAUUGGACACAGCUGAGACGAAUGGUCCUCGGCUUUUUGCAUUCCCGGGACAGUCGAACAUGAAUGGUCGUCGGUUGCCACUUCGUUGGUGUGAACAGAUACGGCGCUCCAAGGCUGGUGCUGAAGGGACUGUCUUGACUCUCCUCGACGCUGCAUCUCUAGUCUCGACCUCACCUUUAGACUUGAGCGAUGCGUCAGCCGCUCCUGACUUUACGGCCCUCAGCUUUUACAAGAUCUUUGGAUUUCCGGAUCUUGGUGCAUUGAUAGUCCGCAAAGGCGCCGGGCACGUCUUUUCACAACGGCGGUAUUUUGGGGGAGGAACUGUGGAUAUGGUUCUAACUCUGGACACGCCGUGGUAUGCAAGGAAGGAAACCUCGAUUCACGAAAAAUUGGAAGAUGGGACUCUCCCAUUCCAUAACAUUAUUGCGCUGGACUCCGCCUUCAGGACGCACGAACGUCUGUAUGGGUCGAUGGUGAAUAUCUCAUCUCAUACGCGCUUUCUGGCAAAGCGAGUACACGAUAGACUAGCUUCAUUGACCCAUUUCAAUAACAUGAAGGUCUGCCAGAUGUACAAAGCUCCCGGAUCAAUUUACGAGGACCCAUCUACGCAAGGCGGAAUUGUUGCGUUCAAUAUACGCAAUAGCAAAGGAGAAUGGAUUGGCAAGUCUGAAGCGGAGAAGCUUUCCGCUGUGAAAGGCAUCCAGAUCAGAUCUGGAUCUCUUUGCAAUCCUGGCGGUACGGCGUCAAGCCUUGGUUGGACAGGAAGUGAACUACGUCGUCACUAUUCCUCAGGUCUCCGGUGUGGAGAUGACCAUGAUGUGAUGGACGGGCGUCCGACUGGGGUUUUGAGAGUUAGUGUUGGUGCCAUGACCAAUAUGAAAGAUAUCGAUACUUUCGUCGAUUUCGUUGAGGAAUUCUACAUGGAAAAGGCAAUCAACAUCCGUGGGUCAAUGCCGCCUGUAGUGACCUCUUCACGAAAGCCAGGGUUCUACAUCGAGAGUUUGUCCGUCUAUCCCAUCAAGAGCUGUGGCGCCUUUAAAGUUCCUGAUGGUGUACGCUGGGAGGUCAAGAGGGAAGGACUGGCCUGGGAUCGAGAAUGGUGUCUCAUUCACCAAGGCACGGGCGAAGCUCUCAGCCAAAAGAAAUACCCUCGCAUGGCUCUCAUACACCCGUUUAUCGACCUUGAGCGUGGCGUUCUACGGAUUACCCGUGGAACCAAUCCUUCAUCUGAUGAGAAGAGCUUGGAGAUUUCACUUUCCAGUGGGGAUACAAACAUGGUAUCGACAUCGUUGUGCCAGAGUUCAUCGAAAAGAUCAAUCGUUUGUGGGGACCGGGUGACUGUGCAGGUAUAUUCAUCACCCGAUGUGUCUUCUUUCUUUUCCAACUUUCUUGGAGUACCGUGUACUCUUGCCCGAUUUUCACCACAAUCUUCUACUCGAACAUCCCGUUCUAGUCGCUUUUCUGGCAAUUGGAGACAGCUUUUCAAAAGGGUUGUUAUGCCAGGGUCUUUCCCCGAAGACCAAUUGCCAUCGACGCCACAACCAAGCCCGCUUCUCUUAUCUAACGAAAGUCCGAUUCUACUCGUCUCUCGCUCGUCCGUGAAUAGGUUAAACGAGGCUAUCAAAGCCAACAGCAAAAGCGGCCAAGGUGCUAGCAAGGCCGUCGCUGCAGACGUUUUCCGGGGCAACAUAGUAGUUGCAGAGAACGUGUCACACCUUAUAAUUUCCGAACAGCCAUAUGUCGAAGAUGAAUGGACAUCACUCAGCGUCGGCCCUGGCCGGUUACAAUUCGACAUCAUGGGAUCCUGCCAACGAUGCCAAAUGGUUUGCAUUAACCAGUAUUCUGGUGUUCGCCGAGACGAGCCUUUAUCGACACUGGCCAAGACCCGGAAGAUCGGCGGCAAGAUUUUGUUUGGUAGACACACUGCUCUUUCUGCAGUGGAAUUCGAAAAGGAUAAGUAUGAAUCUCCAGAGGGCAGGACAGUUAUGGUCGGUGACGCGGUUGUCCCAUCUUAUGGUAACGAAUAAUCUUAUGCAUGAUGUGAUUUCUAUAUAUGUUAAACUCGCAUUUUGGUGGGUGGGUGAUUAUUUUGAUAAUAUUCUGCAUAUUCUCUGUUGGACAAAUAAAUGUCUAGUAUAUAUCAUUUCACAAUGUGCUUUUGGGUUGCAUCUUUUGAUAAGAUACCAUUUCUGUUUUGAGUAUAUAAACAAGGGCUAUUUCUCCGCUGCAUUUCUUAAAUUCACAUGCUUUUUCAAGGAUAGUGUUGACAUGAUAGUGCUGGAGGAUAUGGGAUAACGAAAAUGAUAUCCCUAGCCAGAACCAAUAAAUCUCGUGUGUUUGCUAUUGGAUGACUAGGUAGUAAGAUACUCAAUCAUCAGCUCAAAUCGCUUUGC